GGGCCCGAUUCUGAAAGCAAGAGAGAAGUUAUUCAGACGCCAACCAGGUAUUAUUUGCGACUUCCAUUGAAGAUGAGCCAAGAACAGCCAAGGAGGCCACGAGAGGAGCAGCGGCAGCGGCAACCUGGGGUCGAGCCAAUCAAGUACGGCGACGUUUUCUCUGUCGCCAGCGACCUUGCCUUGAAGCCCAUUGCACCGCAGGACGCGGCAACGAUGCACACUGCCGAGGCUGCAGUGCUCGGACAGCCUCCGAGGGGUGGCCCUGAGGAUGCUAUGUGUGCCGCCGCAGAAUGGAAUGAGAGGGUUGGGCUUGUUGGCCGCGAGGAUCGCACGGACGUUGUCGCAGAAGAAGGGGUCACAGUCACCGAGGCUGAAGUCCCUGGCGGGCGUAUCAUCACUGAAAAAGUGGCUAGACAGGUUGUCGGCCAGUACAUCGAGGGCGCUCAUGCGGCAGAUGCGCAGGUGCAGGCGGUCCGGCAGAGUGCGAUAACCAUCGGCGAAGCGCUGGAAGCGGCUGGCCAAUCGGCCGGGGGCAAGCCUGUGGAUCGAGGCGACGCGGCCGCCAUAUUCGUGGCGGAGCAAUGUGUGACAGGGAGCUCCGUGGCCGUACCUGGAGGGUUGGCGGCUUCUGCUCAGACGGCCGCGGCUUACAAUGAGGAAACGCUCAGGGACGAUGCCAAGAUCAGGCUCUCCGACGUCCUCACGGGCGCCGCCGUGAAGCUGCCCGCAGACAGAGCCGCGAACCGGGAGGACACGGAGAGAGUGGCGAACGCAGAGCUGAGGACAGGGGGCAGGACGUCAGCCCACCCUGGCGGGGUGGUGGCGUCGGUGGCCGCGGCUGUGAGACUCAACGAGAGCAUCACCAAUCCGUGAAGAAUGAAGUGAAAGCUUCGUCCUUUGCAAGUGUUUAGAGCAAG